AUGCAGAAACUUCCGCACAUGCUACGAGACGCCCUCACCGUGUCCUUAUGCUUAAUAACACUGGGGGCGUUUUGGUAUAGCAAGAGCAAGUUUCAGAGAUGCACCCAGGAAAGUGUUUUGGUGAACGGCUCCAACGAAAACGUGUAUAUGAACCGGCUCGAGAACGUAAUGUAUAAUUACUCUCUAUGGACUCCUUUCUUCGAUCGGAAAGGCUACUACGGUGGCAAGGACCUUCCGAGGAUAUUGCUCUGGACAGCCAUCUACGGGAAGUGGCACUCCGGACUGACGGAUCAAAGGGUUGACGAGUUAGAGUUUGCGGGAUGCCCCGACCGCUGCUACAUCGCCAACGACAGAAGACUACUGCACUCGAGUGACGCGGUCGUCUUGUACGGCGCAGACCUGGACCUGGCGGACAUGCCAUGGAGGAGGAAUCGAGGCCAGAAGUGGGUAUACUGGUCCCUCGAGCCACCACCGCAUUCCGUGUUCAGGUCACUAACCUACUUGAACAACACCUUCAACUGGACAAUGACCUACAGGCAGGACUCGGACGUUCUAGACUCCUAUGUCUUGAGUUUAACGAAGAAGGCGGAGCCAACGCCGUACUCCAUCGACGCUCUUCGCAGAUUGUGGGAAGGCAAGACCACGAUGGCUGUCUGGCCCGUCAGCCACUGCAACACGUUCGGCAGGCGCGAGGACUACGUAGACGAGUUGCAGAAAUACAUCGCUGCAGAUGUCUUCGGGAAGUGCGGCAAGCACAGGUGCGAGCGCGACACGACUCCUCGUUGUCACAUGAUGUUCGCGAAAAACUAUUUCUUCUUGCUUUCUUUCGAGAAUGCCGUGUGCAAGGACUACGUGACGGAGAAGCUGUAUUAUACACUUUUAUAUGACAUAAUUCCUGUGGUGUUCGGCGGUGCCAACUACAGCGCGGUGGCCCCGCCGGGCUCUUACAUCGACGCGCUCAGUUUUGAAUCGCCGAAGCACCUGGCGGAUCACCUGACAUCGGUAGCCGAAGACUUCAACCUCUACAAGAGCUACUUCAGCUGGAAGGGCAAGUACGACCUAGUACCAUGGACGGGAAUAACCUUCUGCAACCUCUGCAGCAAGCUGUACAGCGAGCAUUUCAGGAGGAGCACGGUGUACGAAGACAUACUCUAUUGGUGGAACGCGACUUCCCAUUGCCGUGUAUGGGACCGCUACAGUAAUCAGCUGCUUGAGUGA